UACGUCCUCUUCUGGGGGCGGGGGUUGGGCACCAGAGAAGUCAAUGGUGCCUGUGAUUGGGUCUGCCACAGCUAGUUUGGCUGAAAUAAGAAAGCGAAAGCUCAGUCCAGAGAAGCCCUAUUCCUUUUUUCGGAAAAAGCUGAUUAGCAAAGCACAGGAAACCCCAGACCCCAAGACUCCCCAAAUCAUUCCAGGAGCUGGGCCGCGAAGAGGCAGAAGCCUCUGGACCUGUCUCUGGAGCCCUGAGAUAGGAGCGCCAUGGAGAAGUUUCGGACGGUGCUGGACCUGCACCUCAAGCAUCACAGCGCGCUGGGCUACGGCCUGGUGAGCCUGCUGACCGCUGGCGGGGAGCGCAUCUUCUCCACCGCGGUGUUCCAGUGCCCGUGCAACGCCGCCUGGAACCUGCCCUACGGUCUGGUCUUCCUGCUGGUGCCGGCGCUGGCGCUCUUCCUGCUGGGCUACGUGCUGAACGCGCGCACCUGGCGCCUGCUGACCGGCUGCUGCGCCCGGCCGGGCUGCGGCGGGGGGCUGCGGACCUUUGUGGUGUGCGCGCAGCUCAGCGCGGCCGCCGCGGUUGCACCGCUCACUUGGGUGGCGGUGGCGCUGCUGGGGGGCACCUUCUACGAGUGCGCGGCUAGCGGGAGCGCGUUCCAGGCGCGGCGCCUGUGUCCCGGCCGCGACUCCCGCUGCGAGGUCCAGAUGCCGCUGGUGCCCUGCGGGCAAGCCCAGGUGCCCGAGGUGCAGGAGUUGCACAAGGAGCUCAAAGCCCAGUCGCAGGUGCUGGGCUGGGUCCUGAUAGCAGUUGUUAUGAUCGUCCUCCUGCUUUGUACAUCCGUCACCCGAUGCCUAUCUCCAGUUAGUUUCCUGCAGCUGAAAUUUUGGAAAAUCUAUUUGGAACAGGAGCAGCAGAUCCUUAAAAAUCAAGCCACAGAGCAUGCAGCUGAAUUGGCCAAAGAAAAUAUCCGAUGUUUCUUUGAGUCCUCACAUCCAAAGGAAUGCAACACUCCAAGCAUUAAAGACUGGCAGCAGAUUUCAUCGCUAUACACUUACAAUCCAAAGGAACAGUAUUACAGCAUGUUGCACAAAUAUGUUAACAGAAAAGAGAAGAAUCAGAGUAUCAGAUCUUCCCAAGGAGAUGCAAUGGUUCCUAUUUUUGGCUUUGUAGAUUCCACUGGUAUGAACACUACUCCUAGUUUAUGACCUUAUUAAUGAAUGAGAAAAAAGUUACUUUGAGUUAUUGAUUCAUUAAAAAGUAAGCAUUAGUA